AUGGCUACCGCUGCAACAUCUCUCAACCCGUCUCUCGUCGCCAUCCUCCUCGUCACACAAGCUCGCACUGGGUCAGGUGCCCAACUUGUGUUCCAUUAUCCCCCGGACCCGCUGUCACCAGAUCGUGAUUCUCCGGCGUUAAGAUCCAUUGAUGACGAUGAGGAAGAGAGUUCCAGCAGUGAUUCGGAGGAGUCUUCUUCGGAGGAGGAAUUUAACCUGUUUACGCGGCGAGUCCAGAAUGGGGUAGAGUCCAACAGUGACAACCGCUCACAACGCUCUGAUGACGAGGAUGAUGACCAGCUGGUGAAGAAGACACAGGACGAUGGAUCUUGGAAACCACAGUGGGAGCCUCUCCUCGGUCUGGGGGAAGACGGGCUGGUCAGCUUACUGGCUCCAGGUCGUGCCUGGCACAAACGCAAGUUUGAACUGGGAAUCAACAACCUGACGUUUCUGGGGCGGCCGGUUUAUGCCCGUGAAGAUGGGUUAUGGCGCAAGCCACGAUCUAAAAAGUCCAGGUCUGCCGACGAAGAAGGGGCACAACAGUCUUCCGAUGCCUUGGCAAGUGACAGCGAGAAAGACCAAGAGGUUGAGCCGAACACCAAAUCCAAGACCAAGCGUCAACCCGAACCUUCGAAAAGCCAGUUGACCAUGUUUCAUGCUGUGUUCGUCAUGGAUCCUUCACCCCUAGAGCAGACCAUGCGCGUCAAAGAUAUGUACGACAAUGUUGCGAAGAAAUUCUCCAAGGUUCUCAAAUGGGAGCAGUCGCACCACGAUUAUGUCUGGGAACAAUCGGAACUACUUCACUCCAUCAAAACCACCCACUCCCACCAACAGUCGCCUACGAAAGCUAUGUAUACGGAAAUGCUUCGAAGGUCGUCUCUGGCAUCAGCCAUUGCCAAAGUGUUUGACAACAUUUCUGCCUCGAAAAUAGCUGCGAUCACACUUAGCUCCAAACUAUCUGUGUCUUUUCAGAUCCCUCCGAUCACCUCAACCUCUUACCUGCCUUCGCUAAACGAGCCUCCUUUGGAACCCGGCCUGUGGCUCACCACUGCCACAGAUGCCGUUUCGACAGCAUCCGAUUUGGACGCGACCUCGAUGGGUGGAGCACUUCAACUGUCCAAGAACUUUACUCUCUUGUUCAAAUCGAGUCCACAGAAGAUCCUCAAGGACAUUCAAACCGCCGGAGGACCACUCGCCCUGCCAUUGGCGAAUUUUAUUGCCAAAGCGAAUCCAACAAAGUCCUUUUAUAAGAUAUCAGUCGCUGCGCAGAUGUCUUUGGGAGACAUUCAACACCUCGCUCGGCAUCUGGUCUACUGGCGACGGGCGGUAGCGAUACCUCCCUUACAUCAGCGAAACACGUACAUGGUGUCUCCGAAUGCAAAUAUAAACAAGCUGGUAUCGGCCUGCAAGUCCUAUGAGGCCACGUUUCCCAUGAUGCCGUCCCUACCCAAGAUGUUGAACUCUCUGUGUGGCACUCCUGUUCCUUACGGCACUCUCAUACCCAGCAGUGACCACAAGGAAGAAUACUACCGCGUGUUGGCCUGGUUGAUGCGCGACGGGUGGGUGACGCAGCUUCGAACCUUUGCGUAUGUGCGCGUCAGCCCGGAAGUGAAGAAGGCUGUGAGGGAAAGGGAAAAGGAAGAGGCCAACUCCAACCGCACGAACCGCAACAAACCCCCUGCCGACCCCAAUGGUUCGGAUCGUGAUGUGCCAGUAUCUCAAAGCUUUGGCAGCGGCACACCCACCACGGUCGCAAGCAGUUUGGUUUCGUCGUUCAAACAGCGGCCGAGCUUGGUCAGCAGACCGUCCAGUGAUGGCCGUCAAUCCAUCUCAACCGAUCAUACGAGCACGCAUGGGAUGCAACAACCCAAACAUAACCCCAAAGCAGCGAGUUUGGUUUUGUCGCCUCAACGUGCCUCUCCCGAAGAGUCACGCUGGCUCGACUAUAUCGGAUCGACGCUGGUUGGGGCGACAGAGAUCGAGACCGCCGAGCUGCGACAGUAUUGGCCCAUGUUUGUCAAGUACUUUACGGGCUCGGAAGCACUGGAGCGGAUUGCUGUGCGCGAGGGCCUCAAGAGGAAAUUCGUCUGGGACACGUUGGUCAAGAUGGGUUUGAACUUAGACGGCGGCGUCGAGGAUGACAAGGGGGAGAAUAAAGGUAUUUUGGUCGCCUUCCGACAUUGGUAG